CACUCACAUCUGUAUUCCAAAAUGAGAGAAGUUAUUAGUAUCAAUGUUGGUCAAGCCGGUUGUCAAAUUGGUAACUCCUGUUGGGAACUUUAUUGUCUUGAACAUGGCAUUCAACCAGAUGGGUUUUUAUCUCCAGAUGUUUCACGCCCUGCUGGUGAUGAAUCCUUUUCCACCUUUUUCAGUGAAACUGGUUCAGGAAAAUACGUCCCAAGAACUGUCUAUGUCGAUUUAGAACCAAACGUAAUCGAUGAAGUUAGAAACGGUAAAUACAGACAACUAUUUCACCCUGAACAAUUAAUCUCCGGUAAAGAAGAUGCUGCAAAUAAUUAUGCCAGAGGUCAUUACACCGUUGGUAAAGAAUUAAUCGACCAAGUCAUGGAUAGAAUCAGAAAAGUAGCUGACAAUUGCAGUGGCUUACAAGGUUUCCUUUUCACACAUUCCUUUGGUGGUGGCACCGGUUCUGGUUUUGGUGCUUUAUUACUAGAACAAUUAUCCUUGGAUUAUGGUAAAAAAUCAAAAUUAGAAUUCGCUGUUUAUCCUGCUCCCCAAGUAUCAACCUCUGUUGUUGAACCUUACAACGCAGUUCUAACAACCCAUACAACUUUAGAACACUCUGACUGUACUUUUAUGGUUGAUAACGAAGCCAUUUACGAUAUGUGUCGUCGUAACUUGGAUAUUGCAAGACCUUCCUUUGAAAACUUAAACAGAAUGAUAGCUCAAGUUGUCUCCUCUGUUACUGCUUCUCUAAGAUUCUCCGGUUCUUUAAAUGUCGAUUUAAAUGAAUUUCAAACUAAUUUGGUUCCUUACCCAAGAAUCCAUUUCCCUUUGGUCUCUUAUGCCCCUGUUCACUCUGCUGCAAAGGCUUUCCACGAAUCAAACUCGGUUCAAGAAAUUACAAAUGCUUGUCUAGAACCAACUAACCAAAUGGUCAAAUGUGAUCCAAGAUUAGGUAAAUACAUGGCCACUUGUCUCUUAUAUAGAGGUGAUGUUGUUACAAGAGAUGUUCAACAAGCCGUCUCAAAUAUCAAAUCAAAAAAAAUUAUGCAAAUGGUUGACUGGUGCCCAACUGGUUUCAAAAUCGGUAUAUGCUUUCAACCUCCUCAAUAUGUUCCAGGUGGCGAAUUGGCUAAAGCUACUAGAGCAGUUUGUAUGUUAUCCAACACAACUGCAAUUGCCGAAGCCUGGACAAGAUUAGAUGCUAAAUUUGAUUUAAUGUAUAACAAAAGAGCUUUUGUUCAUUGGUAUGUCGGUGAAGGUAUGGAAGAGGGUGAAUUCGCUGAAGCAAGAGAAGAUUUAGCUGCUUUAGAAAAGGAUUAUGAAGAAGUUUCAAUGGAUACCAAUUUUGAAGAUGAAUAUUAAAAAAUUGAAACGAGUUAACUAACAAAAAAAUAAAAUAAAAUAAAAAAACACAAAGUAUCACCAUUACAAUCCUCAUUAAAAAUAUCAUUAAAAAUAUUGCUAAAAAUAUUUUUAGAUAAAUUUUAAUUGAUAAUACUCUGCUGGUUUCUAUUUUAUUUUUUAUUUUACAAUACCAAAUCAAUAUUAAUCUUUUGUUUCUUCUUCAUUAUACUAUCAUCAUUUCUAUCUUAUUAUCCUGUUUAAAGUUGUUUAAUGAGAACUUCCUUGCAAUUUUGUUCUAAAAUUAAUUACUUGGUUUAUCCUAAAUUUAUCCUAAAUUUUCUUUUAUCUUUUAAAAAACAAACUAACAUUUUUAUAUUUC